AUGGGGCCACUGCCGUCUACCCUGACUACAUUGCUCGUUGCUGCUGGCGGCCUUCAACUCUGGUCGCUGGCCGAUGCGCUCAUGACAAGGACGCCAGCAGUGAAGAAGAUCGUUGACGACGAGCCCUCCUCCGUGGAGGCACCCUCCGCUCCGACUCAGCCGCGCCGUCCCUGGACGGCCGUGCUGGCUGCUGUGUCCAUUGUCAUCGUGUACAUUGCCCUCGGCACUUCCUGUGACUGCGUGGACUACUUCAUCGCACACGUGGCGGCUUGGUCUUCUUUAGCUAUGCGCACACACACACACACACAUAUCUAUCUGUGCUAA